UUGUACGCAAGUCGGACGAGCGCAUGACUCCUUCCCUCCCUCCCUCUCUAUCGAGGGCUAAAAGGAGGGCUGAUCGAUGCGGCGGAAGGUGGCACCGGAUUCAUCGGCAAUGGCGGCGGUGGGAGGCGGCGAGGGGGCGACGGAGGUGGAGCAGGCGCAGCUGUCCACGGCGAUCCGUAACGGAGAGGACCUAGGACCCUUCGUGCGCCGGGCCUUCGCGUCCGGGCGGCCCGAGGCGCUUCUGUCCUCCCUCCAUCACUUCGCACGGUCCAAGGAGGUGGAAAUCGAGGACGUGUGCAAGGCCCACUACCAGGACUUUAUGGGUGCCGUCGACGACCUCCGCUCCCUCCUCUCCGACGUCGACUCCCUCAAGUCUGCCCUCGCCGACUCCACUGCCGCCGUCCAGUCUACCGUCGGCCCCCUACUUGCAGCACUUGACGCCUACCUCGAGGCCCGCUCCGUCGCCGACAACCUCACCGCCGCCAUCCGCGCUGCUCGCCUCUGCUCCCGCCUCUUCGCCCUCCUCGCCCGCGCCAACGAGCAUCUCGCCGCUGAUCGCCUCUACCUCGCGCUCCGCGCCAUCGCAGCCGCGGAGCGUGACCUGCUCCCCGCCGCUCCCCACCCCACCAUCCGCCGCAUGCUCGUCAGCCUCAUUCCCGCUGUCCAUGCCCACGUCGAGCGGAAGAUCUUCGAGGAGUUCUCCGACUGGAUGGUCCAGAUCCGCGUCGCCAGCCGCCACCUCGGCCAGAUCGCCAUCGACCGCGCCUCUGCUGCCCGCCAGCGCCAGGCCGAAAAGCAAGGUAUUCGCUCCGGCUCCACCAUCACUACCUCUAUCUUCCGCGACCAUCCAUACUCCCUCCGCCUCGAGGAGGAGGAGGAGGACGACUGGUCUGGCGACGACUCCGACGACCUCGCCGCGGCCCUCUCUGAUGGCGAAGCUUCGAUCCUCGAUCUCAUCCCUCUUUACCGUGCCCACCACAUCCACACGACCCUCGGCCUCGAGGAGCGCUUCCGGCGGUACUACUUCGAGAACCGCAAACUGCAACUCACCUCUGACUUCCAGGUCUCCUCCUUGACUCCCUUCCUCGAGUCGCACCAGAUCUUCUUCGCACAGAUCGUCGGAUUCUUCAUCGUCGAGGACCGCAUCCUCUGCACUGGCGGCGGCCUCAUCGCACCGCCCGAUGUUGACGCCCUCUGGGAAAUCGCCAUUACCAAGAUGGUGUCAGUGCUCGAGGACCAGUUCUCCCGGAUGCAAACGGCUAACCACUUCCUCCUCAUCAAGGACUACGUCAGCCUCCUCGGCGUCACACUCCACCGUUACUGUUACUCGGUCGACCCCCUACUUGACGUCCUCUCCAAGCACCGCGACAAAUACCAUGACCUUCUCCUCUCCGACUGCCGCCGCCAGGUGUCUGAGACCCUUGCCGCCGACAAGUUUGAGCAGAUGCUUAUGAAAACGGAGUUCGAGUAUUCCAAGAACGUGCUCUCCUUUCAGAUACAGACAUCUGACAUCACCCCAGCCUUUCCCUACGUCGCCUCCUUCUCCUCCAGCGUCCCUGACCUCUGCGUCAUCUGCCGGUCCUUCAUCAAGGACUCGAUUAGCUUCAUGUCUCACGGUGGGCAGCUUGACAUCUACCCUAUCGUCAAGAAGUACCUUGAGAGACUCCUGGGUGAGGUCGUUGAUGGAUCCAUUCUACACCACAUCGAAUCCAGGAGUCUUGGUGUCUCCCAGGCAAUGCAGGUGGCUGCCAAUAUGGUCGUCUUGGAGCAGGCCUGCAACUUCUUGUUUCGCCAUGCAGCCCAGCUUUCAGGCAUUCCACUGCGCAUAGCAGAGAAGGUAAGAAGGGAGUUUCCUUUGAAGAAGUCUCGUAUCGCAACAGAGGAGCUCCUUCUGGGGCUGCUAAGGAAGAAGAUCAAUGAUUUCAUGAUGCUGACAGACAGUAUUAGUUGGAUGGCGGACAGCCCACCCCCGAGUGGGAAUGAGUACUCCAAUGAGGUGAUAAUAUUCCUCGAGACAUUGGUUUCUACAGCACUGCAGAUACUGCCCAUCCAAGUCCUUCGACGGAUACUUCAGGGUGUCUUGACCUAUAUAUCUAACACUAUCAUGGGUCUUUUCCUUAGUGACACUGUCAAGAGGUUUAAUUUGAAUGCAGUGAUGGGAAUUGAUGUUGAUCUUAAGAGGUUUGAGUCAUUUGCAGAUGACCAAUCUCGCUUGUUUACUCAUUCUGAUGAUUUCGUUGCUAAUGAGUUAAAGCUUGCAUUGUUAGAGGCAAGACAGUUGGUUAAUCUGCUCAUGUGUAACAACCCUGAGAAUUUCCUUAACCCAGUGAUCACGGAAAGGAGCUACAACAAGCUCAACUACAAGAAGGUGAUCACAGUUACUGAGAAGUUCAGGGAAUCAUCAGAUCGGCUAUUUGGAACUUUUGGCACAAGGGGUGCAAGGCAGAAUCCAAAGCAGAAAUCAUUAGAUGCUUUAAUAAAAAGGCUCAAGGAUGCUAGCUGAACCAGUUUCCUGGUAGAGUAAAAUAAAAGAAUUUUUCUUGAUUUCUGUGAAUUAUAGAUGGUUUGUUAUUCAUUGUUUAGAACUUGCAUCCUGCUCUGGUUAGUGAAAUUAUCAUAUUAUUGUCCUCUAGAUGUAAUUUUUUGCAGUGACUUAAUCUGUCUUCUAUCUGGAUCUGUGGAUGAACUAAAUAUAGAAUGUUUUGCUUUUCUUAGCUGAAACUUUCGUCAUAUUUUUUAUACCCAAACGGCCAAGCCAAAAAUAUGAUUGACAGGAUUAUUGUGAAACUCUUCAUGGUUCUAAGGUAUUUCUUGGAGACCUUAUACAAGAAAGAAUAGGUUCUGUCAUACAAGCUUUACAUAGACAAUCAGUUUUCAUACAUUCCUAUGAUCCAUCCUAUCACACACAAUAUGAAAUCACAUUAUUCAUAAAUGUAACUGUCACAAGGUUAGGUUACUUUGAAGUUGAAAACGAUAUAAGCAUAAAAAAAUUCAUAAAAUCUUGUUUCUUUCAGUGAUAGAGAUUACUUAAUUUUGUACUUUAGUUGAAGAAUUUGGAUUCUAGAUCAUAUCUGCAUAUGUUAUACUGACACCAGUUUUGCUAGCAAGUACUCGGCGAGGCGAGACCCAAGCACCUCAAACCUAUCUGAGCAAGGUGUCUUUACUUGGGCGCCACCCAAGUGAGAACCUCAAGCUGUAUGUUGGUUGACCCAGGCGCUUGUUCAGGCCAACCCAGGCAUGGUGAGUUCGGACCAUGCCAGACUGUGAAAAUCAGGAACCGAUCUGGCGGCCAGGCUGGUUGGGGUGUUAAAACUAUUUCAGAACCAAACAGGUGGAUACCUGCUUACAACGGUCGAGCUGGUCACUGGUGAAGUGGUUUUCAAGGGUUUGGGUUUUCAUUUUUUUGGCAAUUAGAAUGCAAAACGGUAUAAUUUGUGGUAAUUCAUAAUCUUGGCUGUAUGAGCAAUGCUUUUGAAAUUUGGUUCUGUUUGUGCUAAGAGAUGAAAUUGAUGACAUUGAGAGUAGAAACUUUGUUGAAUAUUGACUUUAUUGUGUUUGUUCGUGAUGCAUAUGUUGAAUAUCACAAGCCUUUUUUA